AUGUCUCGCAUAUCUGCCGACUUGGCCAAUGCGCACAUCGCCCCGGUCAAUGGCUCGACCGAGACAUCUACCAUGCACGCAGCAGUCCGCCACGCGAUAAGAUCGCCACGAAUGUCCAAAGUCCCACGCAUCGCCAUCAUUGGAGCUGGUGUCGCCGGGCUACGAGCUUCUGAUGUUCUUGCCCGAGGCGGGUGCAAAGUCACUCUUUACGAAGCGCGCUCCCGUGUCGGCGGCCGCGUCCAUCAGCUCUCAUGUGGCGGACACACGGUGGACAUGGGUCCUAACUGGAUCCACGGUACCAAGGGAAACCCGAUCAUGGCCCUGGCCGACGCCACACACAGCGUGGUCACGGCGCCCGACGAGGCCGGCGGCGCUUUGUACGACUCGGACGGCCAUCGCAGAACCGACGAGGAGGCCCUGUCCCUGUCGGAGAAGGUGUGGGAAAUGGUCGUCACCGCCUUCAAAUACAGCGACGAGAACAGCGCGACCAUCGACCCCCAGACGAGUUUGUUCGACUACUUCUCGGAACAGAUUGACACGUGUGAUCCCAAGGUCGACGCAAAGCGCAAGGCCGACCUCCUCGCCGAAGCGCAGAUGUGGGGUCCCUUCGUCGGCGACUCGGUCAAGACACAGUCCCUGAAGUUCUUCUUCCUGGAAGAGUGCAUCGAGGGAGAGAAUGUCUUUGUCGCCAGCACGUACCGCGGCAUCCUCGCCGAGAUGGCAAAGGUCACCAAGCACCCAAACGUCGAUUUGCACUUGAGCACCGAAGCCACGAACGUAGAUUACACGGCCACAGACACGGCCGAGUCCUCGUCGAAAGUCACUGUCACGGUGACGACGUCGAACGGGGAAGAAGAAAAGGCCAGCUUCGACGAGGUCGUGGUGACGUGUCCGCUGGGUUGGCUGAAACGAAACCACGAGACGGCAUUCACGCCACGCCUGCCGCCUCGUCUGUCCGAGGCGAUACGACACAUCAACUACGGCCGGCUGGAAAAGUUGUACGUGACGUUUCCGUCUGCGUUCUGGAUCCGAGACCCAGGCGCAGACGCAGGUGCAGACACAGGGAAGAAGACGAGCACCGACAACUUCCCCUUGUUCGCGCACUUCCACGAUCCCAAGUACGUCGACCACCGGCCCGACGAGGCGUGGAACCAAUCCGUCAUGUCCCUUGCGCACAUGCCGUCUGGACACGAGCACCCCACGCUGCUCUUCUACGUCUACGGCGCCAACGGCACGCACAUGGUCGACGCGGUGAGGGGCCUCGACCCCCACACGCCGCGGUACGACCAGGUCCUGGAUUCGUUCGCGCGGCCGUACUACUCGCGUCUGCCCACGUACUCGUCGACAGACCCGGCCUGCGCGCCUGCCGCGUUCCUCAUGACGACCUGGCAGGCCGACCGGUUCGCGGGGAACGGAAGCUACUGCAACAUGCAGAUCGGCCUGGAGAGGGGCGACGAGGACAUCGAAGUCAUGCGUGCCGCCGGCGGGCUGAACGAGCGAGGGCUGUGGAUGGCCGGCGAACACACGGCGCCGUUCAUUGCGCUGGGGACCACGACCGGCGCCUGGUGGAGUGGUGAAGCCGUCGCGAGGCAGAUAUGCUCCAUCUACGACAUGCCUGCGAUAAGCGGCACUUCUACUACACAUGCUGGUGCGGAGGCGGACGGUGAAGAUAGCCUUAAUACACUAGACGAGGGUCCUGUUACCAAGAAGGACCUAGGUUCAAGUAGACCGGAUGCUGCUAAUCUGAGUGGACUGGCUAUAUGA